GGUCCCACCAUUUUCCCACACUACUCAAUAAUGCAAUAAAACAAGAGAGAGAAAAAGUCUGAAAAAAAAAAUUCCCCCUCUUUUAAUUUCUCUCUCUAGAAAAAAUUAAAAAAAAAGGUUAGAUUAUCAAUUACUUUACUCUCUAUCUCUAGAUAGUAUAGUAUCAGAGGAGAGAGAAAGUAGAGGAGAGAGAAAACCAUGGUUCAGAUCGAGAAGAGGAGGAGGAAGAAGGGGAGACCAUCGAAGGCAGAUCUAGCUGCACGGGUCGUGUCUGAUGAUGAUGAUUGUGAUGUCGGAGUAUCUCCGUCAUCUGCGGCGGCUGAGAGGGAAGUCCGGCGAAGUUUACGGCGGAGGACUUUCCGGUAUAAUAUUAUUGAUUAUGAUGAGGAUUACUUGGAUGACGACGUCGUUUCGGAGGAGGAAGAUGAGGAGGAUGAGGAGGAGGAGGAGGAAGAUGAAGUUGAUGUGAAUGGGAAGAGGAGGAAGAAGGUGAAGCUUGUUUUGAAGCUUAACAAUGGCGGACGUGGGAGGGGACGAGGGAGGGGGAGAGGGAGAAGGUCAGUGAGUCGACUCGGGGUUGACUCGGAAGAGGAAGAAGAUGAAGGAAGGGAAGUGAAGAAGAGGAGGGUUGUUGAAGAAGAAGAUGAUGAAGAAGUUGAAAAUGAAGAAGAAGAUGAUGAGGGAAGAGAUGGGAAGGAGGAGGAGGAGGAAGAGGAGGAGGAGGAGCCAAAAAGAGUGGAGUAUGUUUCUGGGAUACCCAAUGGAAAAAUUGACCAUCGUGAUGAUUGUAUUACUCCUUUACCAGAUAAAAAGCAAUUGGAGUUGAUAUUGGACAAACUUCAAAAAAAAGAUACAUAUGGUGUUUAUGCUGAACCAGUUGAUCCAGAGGAGCUCCCAGACUAUCACGAUGUCGUUGAACAUCCGAUGGACUUUUCCACCGUGAGGAAGAAGCUUGCAAAUGGUUCUUACUCCACUUUAGAGCAAUUUGAGAGUGAUGUUUUCCUUAUUAGUUCCAAUGCAAUGCAGUAUAAUGCACCUGAGACUGUUUACCAUAAACAGGCUCGUGCAAUCAAAGAACUUGCUGAAAAGAAAUUCCAGCGGAUCAGGAUGCAGAUUGAGCGAUUAGAGAAAGAGCCGAAAUCCGAACCAAAAUCUGAAACAAAGCUUGAGCCAAAGUCUGAACAGAAAGAGAGAUCAUACUCACAAAUUAAAAAACAAACAAAGAAGCUGCUCUACAGAGGCGCGCAGGAACCUGUAGGAUCUGAUUUUUCAUCUGGUGCCAUCCUUGCGACAAUGGAUGCCCCUAAUAUGUGUGGCGUUGAUCAUGUGAGUAACUUUGAGAGGCCUAGCAAUACCGAUGGGCCUGUAGAGGGCAUCUCUACCCUUGCAGAUAAUAAUAUAGAGAAAACCGAAGAUACACAAUCAGGGAAGGGUGUACUGCCAAAAUUUGGAAGGAGAUCAUUUGUCGUAGAUGAGAAUCGCCGUGCAACAUAUAAUAUAUCAAAUCAGCCUGAAGACAGGCCCGAGUCAAUAUUUACAACAUUUGAGGACGACAAGAAGCAGCUAAUUCCUGUUGGUUUGUCUGGAGAAUUUUCCUAUGCCCGUAGUCUGGCUCGAUAUGCUGCAAAUCUUGGGCCUAAGGCUUGGACAAUUGCCUCUAAGAGGAUUGAGCAGGCUCUACCUCCUGGCCACAAACAUGGUCGUGGAUGGAUUGGAGAAUAUGAGCCACUUCCUAGAGCGGUGCUAGUUGUUGAACAUCGAAAAGACCCCUUUGCUUCAAGGUUACAUAAUGCUUUUGAAUCAAAAAAGGAUAACAAAAUAGAUCCCUUUGCUUCAAGGUUACACAAUGCUGUGGAUUUAAGAAAGGAUGACAAAAAGGUCCCCAUUGUUUCAAGGUCAGAUGCUAUUGAUUCUAUAAAGGCUGACAAACUUUUGGAUGGCCGAAGUCAAGCCCACGUGUUGGUUAAGCAACCCAGUUCAAAUGGAAAAUCGGCCUCCAUGUUUGGCUCUGGGGAAGCUAAAGCAUCUGCCUCUAAAUUGGCAACCGUGGUUGGUUCUGGAGAGGCUAAACCACCUGCAUCUACUCUUUUAGUCUCUCAACAGCAUAAUCCAUUUUCUAGAGGCUUUCAACAUGUCAAUUUUAAGGAUGCUGAAUCAAAUUCUCCAUCUUUAAAUAGUCACCCUGAUAGUGUUGUUUUCCGGCAGCAGAGCCAUCAACCGAGGGAUUCAGUUUGUCCUGAAAAUAUGGGCGCAAAGAGAGUGGAGCCGAAUUCUCCAUCCAUAUCUGAUCAGAAAAGAGGUCAUUUUACUCAGAAACAACUGCCUCAUGGUAUGGAAAUAGGUCAAAGGAGGGUGGAAACAAAAUUUCAGCCCACAUCUAUCCAGAAAACAGAUAAUUUUCCACAUAAACCUGCUCAUUUAAUGGAAAUGCCGGCUUCCAUGCCAAGUGAAUCCUUAACCAAGGGGAAAAUUUUUCUGCAAUCUCCGCCUUUCAAGCAGCCUGACACUAACGGAGAUGCUCCUGAUGUUUUUUCUAAUGGGAAGGUAGUGAACAAUUUUGUAGGUAAUAAUCGAAUAGUCACUUCAUCUCCAGGUUUAAUGUCACCACAGUUAGGCGGACCGCCACUAUCCUUCCCCCAGAAACAGUCACAGAACCAGGGUCUUAGUGACCCAGUCCUAGUUAUGAAGAUGAUGACGGAGAAAGCUCAGAGGCAACAGAAUGGAUCGACUAACGCUCAUAGUCCUGCUCAAGGUAGGCCAUCUGUCCCAUUGUCCAGUGGAUCGAUUCACGCGCAUAGUCCUGCACAAGCUAGACCGUCUGUUCCAUCACCCAGAGGAGACACUGGAGGCAAUGCUGCAGCAGCAGCUGCUAGUGCUUGGAUGUCUGUUGGCUCUGCAGGAUUCAGACCAAAUGCUCAAAACUCUGCGACAAAUAGAGGUCAGGUUUCCGCAGACUCAUCGUACAAUGCAACACGGAUGUUCUAUCCUCAGGCAAUGCAACCUCAGACUGAAUAUCCAGUCUCUAAUAUGAUGCACAUACAGCGAGAAAAGAUGGGUUUUCCCUUCCAAUCAUCUGCAUCACAACCUAUUAAAGUUGGGAAUGAAGCACAGGCCCCGAGCAGACCAACAGUUUUUCCUCAUCAAUUGGUUACAAAUGAUUUGUCAAGAUUUCAAGUGCAAGCCCCUUGGCGUGGUCUUAGUCCAUAUACUCAGCAAAAACAAAAACAAGAUACACUUCCCCCUGAUCUGAAUGUUGCUUUCCAGUCGUCAGUCGAUUCUCAACAACCAGACCUUGCUUUGCAGCUUUAGGUCAUUAUUGUUUUUGCUAAAUGAGGAUUAUUUAGGGAUAUAGAAAAGUCGACCCAGAUAGUUGAUUUCCAUCAUGAAGAGAAUCCUGCCGUUGGAUUAUGUUUGAAUCGCUUGUUGAGUUGUGCUAUAAACUGAGUUGGUGUAGGAAAGAAAUAAUUCUGCGGCUGGUUGUCUCCUUCAUCUCCUCAGUGCAAAUUUCGUGCUUUACUGACAAGGUAAAAAUCAUAUCUAGGGAAUAUAUUCGAGUAGUUGGUAGUGGAGCUGAUAGAUGAUGCAUGUUUUUCUUCUUGGACGAAAUUUACUAACUUGAGGCAGCAGAUAAUCAUACAAAUCCUAGAUAGGUAGUAUUAAUUUCUGGGUGGUGGUGCGGGCUUAAAGUGUAUUCAUUGUAGAAGUGGCUGAUUCAUUGUAAUUAGUGUGGGCAGACUGCAGAGGAGGCUGUGUAUACAGGGUUAUUUGCCUUCUUGCCUUUAUGAUGCGUUUGUUGAUUUGGUACACACUUUUUAGCAUGCCAUGUACAUCCGAGCUUAGAUUUCUCCAGAAAUUAAAAGAUUUAUGUUCCGUUCAGUAAA